UUCUUUUAUUUUCUCUAUAUAAAAUCCUAAUCCCCUUUCAAGAAGAGAAACCCUAGAUAUCUGUAUAAUUGUUUCGCUGUCCUGCUACACCAAAUCUUUCCAAUUAAUCGUCCAACCAGUUCGUUCAAAUCCGCAAUUUAUUCAUCUUCGUACAAUAUGGCAACACCAAUAAUGGCAGGGUUUGCUGUAGCUGCGGCUGCAUAUGCUGGUAGACUUAGUAUACAGGCAUGGCAAGCAUUCAAAACAAGACCACCGAAGUUAAGGAAGUUUUAUGAAGGUGGGUUUCAAUCAACUAUGACCAAAAGAGAAGCAGCUCUUAUACUUGGGGUCAGGGAAAGUGUGGCACUUGAUAAGGUAAAGGAAGCACAUAGAAGAGUGAUGGUGGCUAAUCAUCCUGAUGCAGGCGGUAGCCAUUAUCUUGCAUCUAAAAUCAAUGAAGCUAAAGAUAUGUUGCUUGGGAAGACUAAAAACGGUGGAUCAGCCUUCUGAAUGAAAACAAAGAAUCUUUUUUUUUUUUAUGUUAUUGAUGAAAUGGUUAGAAUUUAUCCCAGUUUUGCUGAUACAAUAACAAUAUUGGGUUCUUCCCUUUCAUUGCCUCCUGUAGUAAUGAAAUUUGCCUCCCCGAAACCCAUAAAGGAAAAAAAAAAUCUUGUUGAAAAGAUGUACUUAUACUCUCAGAGAAAUUAUUGAUGUUCAUUUCAUUCAGAAGUCUUUUGUCA